CAUUUGGUUCGAUCGCGUCAUAAUUUACGCCACGAUAUGUUGUCUUCCUUUCAACGUAAUUUCGCUAUUAUUUAUCGUCAUCGUAGGCGUGCAAGAUUAAUCCCACGAUGACGCCUUUUCUUCGUACCGGCUGAUGAGUGUUCGAUGUUUACACACUGUCGUAAAGAAAGAAAAGGAAAAGGAAGAAAAUACUACAAUGAAGAUGUGCAAAGACAGAUAAGUGAUCGAGUACUCGUCGAUCUGCGUUCGCAUGCGCGAGUUUGUGAGUUAGAUCUUCUUCUACGUCAAAGGAAAAUCGUCGACACUCACGUAUAAAUCUAUGAUCGGGGAAUAGAAAAAGUGUAUCUGUUCAAGAAGAACUCCUCGAUUUCCUUCCAACGCGAAUUUCCAAACUCUCUUACUUCCUUCCUUCUCUCCAUUUAUUUUCUGCAUAGAUGAGAAUCGCUUUUCUAAAGAUUUUUUUCUUUUCGCAUAUUUGCAAACGGAUCGUUGUUCAAACGCUGAUAAGACUGCGUACGUUUCGUCUCGAUAAGACACGUUCGAGUUUAUAUUCACUAUGGCUUCGUAUUGAAGUUCUAUCUUCGUCGGAGAACGAUAAGGCUAAUAAUUGUGAACAUUUUAAAAAGUUAUUAUUUACAUCGACGGGAACUUGAAACGAAGAAAGAACAUUAAACGUUUUCGAGUACGAGUAGCACCCACCCAACGGGCGACUCUCUUCGAUCUUUCCCCGUCAUUCCUUUGUCAAUCCUUAACACGUACGCUCCUCCUCGCACUUUCGUCUUGCUUGGAAUCGAGAUAAAAAUCGUUCGAGAUUCAUCGAACGAAAGAGAAUCGACGGAAAAAUAACGAUACGGAUAGAUAGCCAAACUGGCGGAAAACUUGCCGCGAAAAUGGGAUGCAAGUCCAGUGCACUCGAGUGCAUGGGCAAUAAUAAAAGGAAUCCGGGAUCGCAUAAUGAGGCCCAGUUGGACGCGAAAAACCCCGCGAUCGGUGCAGAUACGCCGGAAUUCGCGAGAGAACAGGACAGCGGCCAUUUCACGUUGGAGAACAUUUUCUGCGAAGACGGCUGUCCGAAAAUACAACACGCGGACAUGUACGACAUCGCGGGGGAGAAGGAAAUGCUCGAGGAAAUUCGUCGUUCUUUGGAAGAGGAUGCGGAUUAUCCAGCGAUAAAAGGACCGCAGGAUAUCGACUCUCAUCUAUUGACCUCGAGCGCUCCCGAGCUUAUAAAAAUAUUAUUAGUUUUUAGCAAAGAUGAUCAGCAAAUGGAAAUUCUUGCAAAUAUUUCGAGGCGACUGGGCUGGAGCGUAUCGGUGGCGAAAGACGCGGAAAAAGCCGUAGAAAUCUUUCAAACUCGAGGUCACGAAUUAGUGAUCAUUGAUCACAGAGGACAACGAGCCGUCGAGGGCGAUGCGAUUUGUAGGUACGGAAAAAUGCGAUAAAUCUUGUACGUAACUGUAUGUUAUUCGCUUACUUUUCAAUUCUUUUUGAUCGAUCGCAUUUGUUAUUUCAGAGCGAUCAAAUCUAGUCCAGUUUAUCACAGUUCCGUUAUUAUUGCACUCGUUAAAAAAUCGUACUUUAUGAAUAGCGAGAAAGACGAGAUCGUGACGUUGGAUUUGUUGAAGAAAGGAUUUUCAAGGGCACUUCUGGAGUGCUCGAACGAGGGUAUAUUGAUAAACGAAUUAGUAGGAAUUUAUACCAGUUCAGUAUUACCGAAAACACAGUUGGCGGCAGCUCACGCACUGUAUUUGGCUCUCGACAGAUGUCACGAUAUGGUUCACAUAACGAACGAAAGAAACAUCCUACAGUUUCUAAACAAAGUGUCCGAAAAAUUAUUAGGAUAUAAAACGGAGGAGUUGGUAGGAAGAAAUCUCGGUGAAAUAGUCCAUUAUGAAAACUUUGCUCUGAUCGAGCAGCAAUUGAGCAAGGGCAGAGAGUUCGAAGGAAAUAUGAAUUGCAAGAGGAAAAAUAAUCAAAUGAUAACGAUCAAUUGCAGGAUAAUACCAUUUUGUAUUACACCAAAGAAGGCGACUCAUUAUAUAUACGUUUACGACACGUUAUAUCUAUUGGAAAAUUCGGGCCCGUUGAGUCCGAUCAACAGUCCUUUGCAAUCGACGCAAAGGGCGAGUAUACUUUCUAAUCGAAAAUCAUCGGACGUGAAAUCUGCCCUUAGCGAAGGACAUAGGCGAUACAGCUUGCAAAAGCUUCAUAGUCUACAGUUGGAAGCACCAAUCACGAAAGUUAUCACUUUGCUUUCUAACGCCAUUACGGAAACGACGAAUCCCGAAACAGCUGGUCAGAUCGACAAGGCAAUAGAAAUAUUGAAAACAACGGAGUUGUAUGUUCCGCAUCUUCGAGACGAUAAGAUCUACACCGAUCCCGUCGCUACGGAUCUCGUUGGAGCAUUACUUUCAGCUUCUCGUAAUCCUUGGGACUCGAGAAGAUCAUCGGCAGAUUCCGCCCGAUUAUCCCAUCUAAGAGGCAUAAGCAUCACAUCUACGAGGGGCCCUGCGAAGCCUUAUCGAGGGCCCCAAGAGAUCAUGGAAUUGUUGGAUAACAGUCUCGAAUGGAGUUUUGAUAUAUUCAAGCUCGAGGUCUUGACAGAGAAACGGCCAUUAGUCUUUCUCGGUAUGAACAUCAUGAACAUGUACGAUGUACCGAAUAAAUUGGACUGCGACGAAAAGGUCAUACAUAAUUGGCUGACUUUAAUCGAAGCUAAUUACAUAUCAACCAACAGUUAUCACAAUUCGACACAUGCCGCAGACGUAAUGCAAGCUAUAGCCAGAUUCAUGCAGUCCGAUAGACUGAAACAAAUAUUGGACCCCCUCGACGAGGUCGCUGCUUUGAUCGCUGCUGCCACCCAUGACAUCGAUCAUCCUGGUCGAUCCAGCCAAUUCUUAAGCAACUCGAACAACAGAUUGGCAAUCCUUUAUAAUGAUCUGUCGAUUCUCGAAUCGCAUCACGCAGCAUUAACCUUCAAGUUAUCUCUCUCGGACGACAAAGUGAAUAUUUUCAAGAAUCUAGAUCGAGAUACGUACAAAAUAUUAAGGACUAACAUAAUUGACAUGAUUCUGGCGACGGAAAUGACGAAACACUUCGAACAUUUGGCGAGAUUCAUGAAUGUCUGCAGCUUAAGAAUCGGAGAGGAUCAACCGAUGGAGUAUAAUACUGAGAAUGUGGAUGUAACGAUACUUUUACAGCCGGAUAAUGUGAUGAUGGUAAAGAGAAUGAUGAUCAAAUGUGCCGACGUGUCAAAUCCAACGAGGCCUUUGCGAUCUUGCAUCGAAUGGGCUAGAAGAAUCGCUGAGGAAUAUUUUAAUCAAACGGACGAAGAAAAGAAAUUGAAUAUACCAGUGGUAAUGCCCAUGUUCGACCGAAUGACCUGUUCGAUACCAAAAUCGCAGAUCGGUUUCGUCGAUUUUAUUAUAAACGACAUGAUAGAAGCUUGGGAUUCUUUCAUUGACAUGCCAGAAAUGCUUAAUUACAUGCGACACAAUUACGACAAAUGGAAAGAAUUCAACGAUCAGGGCAUAACGACGUUGCAGGAUAUCGAGAAGAUUCAACUGCAACCGGACUUGAAGAUAAUCAAGUUUUCCGAGGAACGACGAUGAUGAAACGAACGACGUUUCUCUUUUUGAAUUCUCCGUCCUGUUCAUUUUCUUACUGGAAAACGAGAAACGUUAUUAGAAAGCGUUAGAAGGCUUCGAUGAGUGGUUGGCAUUCAGUACGUCGUAGCGCAUAUUUAUAGCUAUAGGUUAAAACAGUUUGUACGUUUCAGCAAAUAUACGUUAUAUGAGAAAAAGAGAAAAGAAAGGAAAAAGAAUAAAAUAAAAAUGAGAGGAAG